AUGGCCACAGUAACCUCUAUAGAGACCGAGGACACUCCCGCCAUGUCGCCGUCCACUCUCGAUAGUCGUCCGGUCCGCCGGGCCGCAACCAUCGGCGAAGGGUCCCAGCCAGCCCAACUUCGCCGCCGCCUCGCGAAUUCUCAAUCCACCCUAGGGACCUCGUUUGGGGAGUUCAGGCGACGCAGCUCAACCUUCUCGGACUACAGUCUAGAUGCCGCAAGAAGGAAUCUUCAUCAUGAGAUUCUGAACCCGGCGGCAAGCUUCGAUUCCGAUGAGCAUGGAGCUUCAGAAUCCUCCUUGAUGCCUUUGGCAUUUGCGCUACUGCCAGCCGUUGCAGGCAUGUUUCACAACAAGGGAAGCGACUUCAUUACUGAUAUCAUCCUAAUUGUUCUCGCCGCUAUCUUUCUCCAUUGGUCUCUCACAGUUCCGUGGAACAUGUACAAGUCUGCCCAGCAGGUGCGCUUGGAAAACGAGCAAAUCGUCGAAUCAGCCCUCGACGAAGAUGGAACGUCACCCACAGUAACAGCUAUCCAAACACCAUCCGUGGAGGUCGAAGAACCACGCACUCCGAUUGAAAGCAAGCAAACUACCUCUACGAGCGAGGAAAACGCUAAACUAGAUAGCCCUGAGAUACCCAUCGCCCCUCAACAGGAACCCCACAGCCCUCGCCACACCCGCCGCGUUCACAAAGCCCUUGGCGAACUUUACACAAUCGAAUCGCUCGCUCUGGUACUUUGUUUUGUCUCUCCGUUGAUGAUGGCCUAUUUACUCCAGAUCAUGCGCAACCAGUUCAAGUCAGAAGGCGGGCUCGUCUCUGACUUUUCCCUAACGCUUUACAUCCUUGCAGCCGAAGUCCGGCCUUUUUCGCACCUCAUCAAGCUCAUUCAAGCGCGCACGCUACAUCUCCAGCGCAUCGUCCACAAAAACCCAUAUUCCGAGUCGGCCAUAACUCCGACCAAGUUGCAGGAUAUUCUGGAGCGGCUGGGCGAGCUGGAACAACGCGCUACGGGCUUAAAGCCAUCGAAUGGGUCGGCAAACAACCUUGACAACAACGGACAAAACGACGGCUUGGAAGGAGGCCAGGACCAGCAGAACCUGAACCCCAAAGUCCGCGACGGGAUGGUGCGUGAAGUCCGCAAUACGAUUCAGCCCGAUCUGGACGCGCUCAACCGUGCAGUCAGACGCUAUGAGAAAAAGGCUACUGUUCUGGCUUACCAGACGGAGGCAAGGUUGGGCGCGCUGGAUGGCAGACUAAACGAUGCUAUUGCGCUGGCAGCCGCGGCGGCCAAGGCUGGAGGCACUGGUGCCAGACCGCACGGGAACAACAGCCGCGCAACUGGUGCUACGGGCGCUAAUAGCGGGUUGAGUAUGUUCGGCCUGCUUGCAAAGGCGCUGGAUACGAUUGUCUGGGCGGCGGCCAUGCCGUUCCAGGCAUUGUUGGGUCUUGUUGUUUUGUUCCCGCUGAGGGCGGUGGCAGGCUUUCUGAAGGGGGUAACUGGAGGAAGCAGUAGUAGAAGCCGGGUUGCCGCUGGUAAGGUUAGUGGCACCGGUAUUAUGGGUGACGCGAGGAAGGGGAUCAAUGGGAAUGGAUUUGCGACUGGACCUGGGAAUUCGACCGGAUUCCCUCCAUACGUCGGCGGGGCCGCUGAAUAUGGCUUUUCAGCGAGUGGUAGGCGAAUGACAUCGGGGAGUGGGAACGGGGCGCGGUAUUCAAGGAGAUGA